AUGGAAGCGGUGGUUUCCACUAGUUCAAUGUCUAUUUUAGUCAACGGAAGCCCGACGUCAGAAUUUUCUGUUUCAAGGGGACUCCGCCAAGGUGAUCCACUGUCUCCUUUUCUGUUUACUAUUGUUGCUGAAGGUUUGGCUGAGUUGGUAAGGCGGGAAGUCAACAGAGGAAGCUACAACGGAUUCCGAAUUUCAGAGGAAGUAGAGUACACGUUACUACAUUUUGCUGACGACACGCUAAUGAUUGGGGAUGGAUCUCUAGAUAACCUAUGGGCUCUUAAGGCUAUUUUUCGAGGGUUUGAGAUGGUUUCUGGUCUAAAAAUAAACUUCAGUAAAAGCAAGCUCUAUGGUAUUGGCAUGAGGGAGUAUGAUUUGGAGGCUUCAUCUCAAUUCUUGGGAUGUAAAUUAGAUCAAUUUCCUUGUAAGUUUCUAGGCAUUAUGAUUGGUGGUAGUCAUCGGAAAGUUAAUUUUUGGAAUUCGGUUAUCAAGACAAUGAAGUCAAAGUUGUCAGCUUGGAAGAGCAGGAAUUUAUCGUUCGGGGGAAGGUUCACAUUAAUAAAUUCUGUUUUGACAAAUCUCCCAAUCUAUCAACUGUCUUUCUAUAAUCUGCCAGUGAAAGUGGUGCACCAAAUCAUUACAAUCCAAAGGGAUUUCUUGUGGCAAGGGGCAGCGGGUAAGAGGAGUUUGGCGUGGGGGAGAUAUGGAGAUGUUAGGGAGAGGAUUUUGAAGGGAGCAGAAUAUACCCCAAACAACUCAGAUUCUUUAUGGUGGAGGGAUGUCAUGGCUGUGUGCGAAGAGCCUCAUGGAAUCCUAAGUAAAAUUUAUGUUAAAUUGGGCGAUGGAAAUAUAGCUUUAUUUUGGAAAUCUCUAUGGUUUGGAAACGUAUUUGUGACACCUACUCAUUUGGCUAUUGUUCUUGAGUAUGUUGUUAGUGGCUUUCCAGUGUCCUGGAUAAGAUCAUCUCUUAGUCAGCCCCUUUUUUUCAAAGGUAGACUCUUAGUGGAUGAGGUGGUUGUUGUAAAUGGGCUUGUGGACCUUGUUAAGCGUAGUAAGAAAUUUUUCCUCCUCUUUAAAGUUGUUUUUAAGAAAGCCUAUGAUUUUGUUAGCUGGUCUUUCCUUGACUAUAUGCUCUAUACAUUUGGGUUUAAUGAUAAGUGGCGGAGCUGGAUUAGAGUUUAUGUGUUUUCUGAUAAUCUGACGAUCUUGGUUAAUGGUUGUCCGACCCAUAGAAUUAGUAUCCAAAAGGUGCUGAAGCAAGGUGACCUCCUAGCUACAUUCCUUUUCCUCCUGGUAGCUGAAGGCCUAAGUAGUCUGAUUUUUAGGGCGGUUGAGCUGUAUCUUUUGUCUGGUGUUAGAGUUAGGGCAUCAAAUGUGGUGGUCUCUCAUGUUUAG